AUGUCAGCAACAGUGGGGCCCACAAUGCCACGUCAGCAGCACUGGGACCCACACUGCCACAUCAGCAUCCGUGGGUCCAAGGGUGAGGAAACACUAGAGCCACCUAGAGGUACCAUAGAUAAAACCCUGUUUUAUUUGAAUCAUGGUAAUGAUCUGCUUUUAGUCCAAAUCUAUGUUGAUGACAUUAUUUUUGGCUCCACUAAUGCUAAACUCUGUCAAAGAUUUGCCAAGCUCAUGCAGUCUAGGUACCAAAUGAGCAUGAUGGGGGAACUCAGUUAUUUUCUGGGUUUACAAGUUAAACAGACUGAAGAUGGGAUUUUUAUAAAUCAAGCCAAGUAUACCAGAAAUCUUUUGAAGAAAUUUGGUAUGCAAGACAGUUCAGCUGCAACUACUCCUAUGGCAACAGCAACCAAACUAGACAAAGAUACUGGUGCAUCAGUGGAUAUCACAAACUAUAGAGGAAUGAUUGGAUCGUUGCUUUAUCUGACUGCAAGUAGACCAGACAUCAUGUAUGCCACAUGUCUAUGUGCAAGAUUUCAGGCAGAUCCAAGAGAGCCUCAUCUGAUUGCAGUAAAGAGGAUAUUCAGAUAUCUCAAGGGAACCACAUCAUUGGGAUUAUGGUAUCCUAGAGAAUCAGAUUUUAGUCUAAUUGGAUACUCUGAUGCAGAUUUUGCAGGUUGCAAAAUUGACAGGAAAAGCACAAGUGGGAGUUGUCAAUUUCUGGGUGGAAGACUUGUUUCUUGGUACAGCAAGAAGCAGAAGUCCAUUUCCACAUCAACAGCAGAGUCAGAGUAUAUAGCUGCAGGCAGUUGCUGUGCUCAAAUUCUUUGGAUGAAGAAUCAACUGUUGGACUAUGGGCUAUCCUUUUCUAAAAUUCCUAUUUAUUGUGAUAACCAAAGUGCUAUUGCUAUGACAGGAAACCCAGUUCAACAUUCUCUGACAAAGCACAUCAGUAUACGAUAUCAUUUUAUAAGGGAGCAUGUGGAGGAAGGAACCAUUGAACUUCACUUUGUUCCUACUGAACAGCAGCUAGCAGACAUUUUCACCAAACCAUUAAGUGAAGCAACUUUUACUAGGCUGGUGAAUGAGCUA